AUGCCGGUCAUUACCUGUCAAGACACAAAUGACUGUGUUUGGACCCAGCGGCUACCCCAGAGAAGCCCGACUCUGAGGCUCUUCCUGACUCAGGGCAUCAUGGGGCCCCUCCCUGCUUACCUCUCCCCACUCCUUGUCCUCCUCUUCCUCAUCCUGAGCGAGCCCUGCUCCUCCUUCAGGCCUCAGGGCAUAGAGCGGGGAUCUGACCACCAGCAGCCUCAGUCCUCUGGGAACACCACGACGUCUGGAAAACGAACGUGCUCCGAUGAUGUGGUGUGCAGGCCGGGCAUCCUGCUGCCGGUGUGGCUGCCUCUCAACCCUCCAGUAGGGGAGCAGACAGGGAGGGCUAUCAUCUACUUCGCUUGUCUCAUGUACAUGUUCCUGGGUGUGUCCAUUAUUGCAGACCGCUUUAUGGCAUCAAUAGAAGUCAUAACCUCUCAGGAGAAAGAGGUGACCAUCACCAAACCCAACGGGGAAACCACUGUGAUGACAGUACGGAUCUGGAAUGAGACUGUAUCCAACCUCACACUCAUGGCUCUGGGCUCCUCUGCACCAGAGAUCCUGCUCUCUCUUAUUGAGGUGUGCGGACAUAACUUUGAUGCAGGGGAACUCGGCCCGGGCACCAUCGUGGGCAGCGCUGCCUUCAAUAUGUUCGUGAUAAUUGGCUUGUGUGUGUGGGUGAUCCCUGAUGGAGAAUCUCGCAAGAUCAAACACCUGCGGGUGUUUUUUAUCACAGCUUUCUGGAGCAUUUUUGCCUACAUUUGGCUCUACCUCAUACUGGCUGUCAUCUCUCCUGGGAUUGUUGAGGUGUGGGAGGCCAUUGUGACGCUGCUUUAUUUCCCGGUGUGUGUGCUCCUGGCAUGGAUCGCUGAUCGUCGCAUGCUGUUCUACAAAUACAUGCACAAGCGAUAUCGUGCUGACAAAAGGCACGGCAUUGUGGUGGAAAUGGAGGGGGACCUUUCCCCCAAAGGCAUUGAUGUAAUUAUGGAUGGAAAGCUGUCAGAUGGCAGCGCGUGCCCGGGAAACUCGUCCAGCGCAACGGUCUCUGUGCAGACGGGCCAUGAACUAGACCAAGACAAAGAUGAGGUGGUUCGCAUUUUGAAAGACCUGAAAGAGAAACACCCCGACAAAGACCUGGACCAGCUUAUCGAGAUGGCCAACUACUCCGCCCUGGUUCACCAGAAGAAGAGCCGCGCCUUCUACCGUAUCCAGGCAACGCGCAUGAUGAUCGGCGCCGGGAACAUCUUAAAGAGACACGCGGCUGAUCACAGGCGGCGCAAAGGACGGGAGGAUGCUGACAAGGCAACAUGUUCCCACAUUUACUUUGACAGUGCUCAGUACCAGUGCACAGAGAACUGUGGCUCUUUGACCCUGGUGGUGAUCCUGGAUGGAGGCACAGGCCAGGACACGUUUUAUGUGGACUACUGUACAGAAAAUGGGUCAGCCAAUGCCGGAUCAGACUAUGAAUUCACCGAAGGAACCCUGGUGUUCAAACCUGGGGAAACACAAAAAGAAAUCAAGGUGAACAUCUUGGAUGAUGACAUCUUUGAAGAGGACGAGCAUUUCUUUGUGCGUCUCCAUAAGCUGAGGUUAGAAGAGGCAGGAGGCGAAGGGACAGGAACUCCACCUAAGGGCAGACUAGUGGAGCCUCUGGUUGCCACCAUCACCAUUUUUGAUGAUGACCACGCGGGAAUCUUCACCUUUGGGCAGGAGGUGCUGCGAGUGAGCGAGAGCAGCGGCAUGCUAACAGUGACUGUGGUGAGGAACUCAGGCUCCAGGGGCACAGUCGCUGUGCCCUACCACACAGAGGACGGUAGUGCAAAGGCAGGAGUGGACUAUGAGGAGGUCAAGGGGGAGCUGGAGUUCACCAAUGAACAGACCAGUCAGAUAUUACAGGUACGCAUAAUAAAUGUUGAGGAAUACGAGAAGCAGGAAAACUUUUUUAUCGUGCUCGAGGACCCAAAGUGGCUGAAGCGAGGGAUCUCUGGUGCCCCCACCCCUGAGGAAGAGGAGGCCAGGAAGAUCUCUGAAAUGGGAAAACCCAUUCUAGGAGAGCACAGACGACUAGAGGUCAUCAUACAAGAGGCCUGUGACUUUAAGAACACUGUGGACAAACUCCUUAAGGACACAAACCUAGCUGUAGUGAUUGGCACACACUCGUGGAGAGAGCAGUUCAUUGAAGCAGUCACAGUCAGUGCAGGAGAUGAAGAGGAGGGACAGGAGGAGCGAACGCCCAACUGCUUCGACUAUUUCAUGCACAUACUUUGCAUUUUCUGGAAAGUUCUGUUUGCUUGCAUCCCACCCACUGAGUACUGGAAUGGCUGGGCCUGCUUCCUCGUGUCCAUAUGUGUUAUUGGUCUUUUAACGGCUGUUAUUGGAGACCUUGCCUCCCAUUUCGGCUGCACCGUUGGCCUGAGGGAUACUGUCACUGCUGUGGUCUUUGUAGCACUGGGGACCUCAGUUCCUGAUACCUUUGCUAGUAAAGUGGCAGCCACUCAGGAUCAGUACGCAGAUGCGUGUGUGGGAAACGUGACGGGAAGCAAUGCAGUUAACGUAUUCUUGGGCAUCGGCCUGGCCUGGUCCGUGGCUGCUAUUUACUGGGAGGUCAAAGGGAAGGUCUUCCGCGUGGACCCCGGUUCGCUGGCCUUCUCCGUCACACUCUUCACUAUUUUUGCCUUCCUAUGUAUGGGGAUGUUGAUGCUACGCCGUAAGCCUUCCAUAGGUGGCGAACUUGGAGGCCCACGGAUCCCCAAAAUCCUCACAUCACUUCUUUUCUUUGGAUUAUGGUUCCUGUACAUCCUCUUUGCCAGCCUGGAGGCUUAUUGCCAUGUAAAAGGCUUCUGAGAGUGCACACAAUGUCACACACAACACCAGGACAGAGCUGUUUCAGUAACCACCGCUGGGAGUAGAUCAGUGUCACCUCCUGACGCCUGCUGCCAUGGCUCAUGAAGAAUGUCCACACACUACGGAGUCGCAUAUGUAGCCUGUAGGUCACAUCCACAGCAGGAGCGACCCAGUUCGUGGCUCUCAUUACGGAUUCAUCUGUUUUUAAGUUUGAUGAAUGAAAUGCAAGGACAGAUUUCUGAUAAAGAGGAAACAUUUAUCAGCUUGUACCCUGUUUGGGACUGUCAGCCCGAUGGCUCAUAACCUGGAUCUGAAGUCUGGGGCUGUUUCACCUCACAUUUGCCGAUCUUGGGUCUGAUUAGUACGGCUUAAUUUAGUUGGUGGUAGGAUAAUCAAUGAUUGAUGCUUUGCACGGGUGAACUUCAGAAGUGAUAAUAUGAUAUAAUGUUAAAUAAUGAUGUUGGAAAUAAAUGUUGGAAGAACGCUACUCUGUAACUAGAAAUAAUUUCUUGUUUCUCAGGACAUCUCUGAGUGAAUUGUCCUGCUUCUAUUUUAACAAGCUCGAGGGAAAAAUAUGCUGAAUUUAUGAGAGUAAAUUUGCAGCCACUAAGCAUGAAUUAGUUUUGAAUUGACUACUGUCGGCCAAUCAGAAGCCCCGGCUUUUAGCUGUUAACUGAACGCAGCUUGAUUUCAAUCUGCCUAUAGAGAGAUAAGCUGCUGUUGUGAAACGUCUCACACUGUUAGACUUCCAGAAACAGGACAACAUUUAGCAUAACACACAGUCUGAUCCUGCCAUUAAUGCACCACAUAGAUACGACAUUGACUUAUAAGAUAAUUAAUUUCCUGUAAGAAUAUCUGCCAUUUUCUGCUUAAAAAGAUGAUUUAUUCACCCCUGAAGUGUAAUCUGUCUAUUUAUCAGUGGUGUAAUUGUCUUUCUAAUUUAAUGUUUUUGAGCUCAUAUGGA